AUGGUUUUAAGUGAAUCUGAAAAUCUUUCAGGGCCGUCUUCGGAUGAGCCGCCUGUAAGUUCUCCGACAAUACCUCCUGUGGUUUCGGAUCAACAACCUUCAACGUCUCAUUCUAGUUUACCUCUUACUGGACGUACCACCUUCACUAAAACCGAAAUAACUCAGAUUCUAAGUGGCGACUUUAUGAAGAACUUUUACAUCAAAGCUGUUGAAGAGAUGAAAAAAAUCACCGGAUUUGAUCGUAAAAAGAAUUACACUGGCGCUGAACUUGACGCAAUGUUUACAACGUUGUCUUUGUGCAUUGAAAAUUAUCAUUCAAAAUGUCUUGAAAACUCAUUGCAGAUAAAUGAUCAAAAUUUUCUAACUUUAUCUGCUUUUCAAUCCACUUCAGGUUCUACUUUUUCACCCACCGAAGCAGGAACAGUUGAAAAGUUGCCUGACAACUCUGUGACCCUUGAAAACGGUGAUUCAAACGAUCCAAAUGAGUCAACCGCCAUUGAUGUGGACGCUAUAGAACUAGAUGUUGAAGAUUGUUCUAGUGCAGACUCCAAUUCAAGUCGUUCAAAAGAUGAUGACAGGACAACUACCUCUAACAAUAACAAUGAAGUGGUAAACACUAAUUUAAGUAAAACUAAAAACAAGGACAACAUCAACAUUCCAGAUAUUGAAAAAGAAUUAGAUUUGCUGAAAGAUAAAAAUAAUCUUGAAGAUUCAAACUCAGGUGAUUCUGACUCGGAGACUUCCAAAACUUCUGAAAUAAGACUUAAAAAGAAUUCUGACGAAAAAGACGAUUCAUCAAAAGUUAACGAUAAAGACAACCCUGGUUUAUUCACUAAUGAUGGUGAAAAUUCACCAGAAACUGGACCUGCUGAGGAUGAAGCGAACAACCAUGAUGAGUCAGUUUGGUCUUAUAACUAUUGCGCAGACGUUGAAGAGCUAUUUGAAACUUGCGUGAAUGAAGGUGAAAACGGCAACCUAAACAUAAGCUCUGAAGAAGACAAUAAUGGCGAUAUUGAUGACGAUGAUGAUUCUUCGGAUAAUUCCAACAACAGCAUCAACGACGACGAAAUGGGAGAGCAAAUUUCAGAGGACGAGAUCGAUGAUUUUGCACCGAAAAAGACUGAUAAAAAACUUGAAGAAUUAAAAAAGCUUGUUAAAGACAACAACAAGCUGUUAAACUCUUCUGACGAUGACUCUGAUGUCGGUGUGAAAAAGAAAAACGUGAAUAAUUUAGUCACCAAAGUGAAUAGUGGCGAAAGCGAAGAAGAAGAUGAGGAAAACGUAACUUUUCGUAGAAAGAGCAAAAAACAUCUUUUCAACAGCGAUGACGAUGACAGUGGCAAAGAUAAUGAACAAACUAAUGAAAGUUCUAGUGAUUCUAGCGAUGAUUUUUGCGGUGUCAAAAUCAAAAAGCGCAAACGAAAGCGUGUGGUUCGAAUGUGUGACAAUGAAAGUGACACCUCACGAAGCAGUGGAAGCGAUACAGAAUCUCUAAACAAAUCGCGCAAAAAGUUAAAAAAGAUUUUAAGUCCAGAUCGUCGAACUAGGGACGCAGAAAAGAAUGAGCUCGAACGUCGUAAACGCAUCGAAGAGAAACAAAAGCUUUACAAUCAAUUGAUAGUGCAGGAAAACCAGGCACAAAGCGAACAAGUGAAUCAAGUGGUGCUGGAUUUCGACAAAGAAUCAAAGAAAAUUUUAGUGGAAGUCAAUAAGGAGUUUGUUAAGCACCUGAAACCUCACCAAGUCGAAGGUAUCAAGUUUCUUUUUAAUUGCACCAUUGAGUCAGUGGAGCGCCUAACAAAGCACAACCACAGCUCAGGCUGUAUUCUCGCUCAUACGAUGGGUUUGGGGAAAACCUUUCAAGUAAUCUCCUUUCUGCACACCAUUAUGACCAACCCUCUCAUCAAAGACAGUAUUAAGUGCGUUCUCAUUAUCGUCCCUUUGAACGUCAUUCAAAAUUGGGCCAACGAGUUUGAGAAGUGGUUUGAUGAAUGUGGCAUCACGAAGGAGAUUGAAGUGUACAAGGACUUCUACAAUGAUAAAACGUCCGACGCUAGAAAGGCAACGCUGAAACGGUGGAAGCAAAGCGGAGGGAUUCUCCUUUGCACCAACUCUUUAUUCAACAAUUGUCUGAAGAAGAGCAAAAAUGCAAAGCAAUCGUGCAUCAGUAAGAUCAAAGAGUACCUUCUUAACCCAGGCCCAGAUAUGGUAAUCAUCGACGAAGGACAUUUACUCAAAAAUGAACAAGGAGUUUUCAAUAAGAAUUUAUCGCAAAUAGCAACCCUCCGACGGGUGAUUCUGACAGGCACACCUCUGCAGAACAAUCUUGGGGAAUACUAUACUAUGGUCAGUUUUGUCAAACCGAAUCUUCUCGGUGAUAAAAGGGAGUUUAAGAACCGAUUUGAAAAUCCAAUCAAAAACGGCCAGAACUGUGACUCCACUGAGUACGAUGUGAAAAUGAUGAAAAAGCGCGUUCAUAUUCUCUUUAAGCUGCUAAAGGAGUGUAUUCAUCGAUGCGACUACAAUGUUCUGGUUCCGUAUUUACAGCCAAAGUUUGAAUACGUUCUAAGUCUUCGACUAACUGAAUUGCAAGAAAAGCUGUACAAAUAUUAUCUGGAAAACCUGACUGGAAAUGGUGAAAUGUUUCAACGUCUAUUUGCCGAUUUCACUCGUUUGAGCUACAUUUGGAAUCACCCUGCGCUACUUCCGCAACAUUACAAACGAAAGCGUAGUGCAGAGGAUCAGGAAGAUGACGAUGAUGAUGAUGAUGCGAACUCAAUGGACGACUUUAUCGUGGAUGGUUCUUCAUCCGAGUCAGUGGCUGAGUCUGACGAUUCAGAUACAUUGAUAAAAAAGGAAGAAAAUAUGUCAGUGAGCUCUAAGGAAGAGUUUCCUGAAAUAGAUUCUGACAUUGAAAUUGUUUUUGAAAAGCAAGUCAAGAAAGUUGCUGCAAAUGGGUCUAUUACCUCUGAACUAGCUGAAAAUGAGCAAGAUGUAGAAGAUGAGUCCACGUGGUUUGAGAAGUUUAUGCCCGAAAACUUGCUUGACUUAAAUCUCAGUGCCAAGUUUAUUCUCUUGUUUACUAUUUUAGAGAAAUGUGAAAUUAUUGGCGACAAAAUUCUCAUAUUUUCUCAAAGUCUUAACACUCUCAAUUUGAUUGAAGAUUUUCUGAAAAUCAAAAUGAAAGAAUACGUUGAUAAGUACGGACCAAUGGAUGAUGAAGAAUCCUACGAAAAUGUGGUCGCCCAAACCGGUGGUGUCUCUCAUAGCUGGGAAAGAAAUAGAGACUACUUUCGAAUUGAUGGCAAUGUUAACAGCAACCUUCGAACCAAAAUUAUGGAGCAUUUCAACGAUCCGGGAAAGCACAGAGCUCGCCUUUUGCUCAUAUCAACCAAAGCAGGUGGCAUUGGAAUCAAUCUGGUCGGUGCCAAUCGUUGUGUCAUUUUUGAUGCUUCGUGGAAUCCGGCUAACGAUAUGCAAGCUAUUUUUCGAAUCUUUCGCUAUGGACAGCUUAAACCUGUUUAUGUGUAUCGUUUCACUGCAAGUGGCACAAUGGAAAGCAAAAUCUACGAAAGACAAAUACUCAAGCAAUCACUGUCUCAUCGUGUCAUUGACGAGCAGCAGAUACAAAGGCACUUUAAGGCUAAAGAAGCAAAUGAACUUUAUCAGUACCAUGGCGCAGAUAAAUGUCGAAAAGUACCUAAAGUUCCAAAAGAUAAUUUGCUAGCAGAUGUUUAUCAAGCCAACAAAGAUCUCAUUCUUAAUUGUCACGAACACGAUUCUCUACUGGAGAACUGCCCAGAAGAAGGACUCACCGAAGAAGAACGUAAAUUAGCCUGGGCAGAAUACGAAAACGAAAAAGACAAGGGACUUUAUCCAGAACCAAGCCCAGCAUUUAUUAAUAAUUUUCCAACUGCAGAAUUUAAUGCACAAAUGAACCAACAAUAUCACGAUUUUCAACGCCAGAUGUUUGGGCAACAGUUUUCCCAAAAUGCAAACUUUCCAACUACAUCUUUCACUCCACAAGCACACCAUUCCCGAAUGCCAUCAUUGUACGAGCAACAGUUUGCUUACCGACGACAGCAGCACGCCCAACAACAACAACAACAACAACAACAAAAUUACCAUCAGUUUCCACACCAGCUGCCUCAAAAUCCUCCACAAAAUCCGCACCAACAGCACCAUCGGUUUCAGCAUCAGCUUCCGAAUCGGCAACAGUAUGAGAAUCAGCAUCGCCAGCAGCAACAGUCACUGCUACAGCAGAAGCAGCUGCUGCUGCAUCAACAAAAUCAACAAAAUACGAGUCGUCAAAGCGGAAGCUUAAGCAAAGCAAGCAAGUCAAUAAAUUUUGAAAUGUUUAUGAUUGAUGCUGAGGCAGAAAACAAAGUCAACAUAAUUUAUGAUUGGAACUGUAACCUGAAUCUCCCAAAAGUUGUCGAGUAUAAGGAUAUGCCUUUUGACGCUUUUAAUCAAAGCUUCAGACAAACUAUACCAUUUGAGUAUGAUGGCGAAAAUACCAAAUAUCUUCAGUACAUGUACUGUUAUUUGGAUAAACUUAUUACAAUUGCAAACAUCUAUAAGGGACAAUUACAGAAUCUCUCGAGAAAGGAUUCUACAGUUCAGCCAACAUUAUUUACAGUGGUGAAAUCUCUCGAAUCUUUAAAAAGGCUUUUUCAAGAGUUUCACACGUAUCGAGGUAAAGUCGAAGAAAAAAGUAAACCACAUAUAUCGAAUGCGUUUCUGCAACACAGAAAUUUUCCACAUCAACAACGUCUGCCCCAACGUAGCCGGUCAAACGUUAAACAGAUCGAAGAAUGUAUCACUAUUUCCGAUGAUGAUGAACCAAAGUGA